AUGAUCAACGUACAGGAGAUUCGCCGUAAUGUGAUCAACGUGGUGAAGAACUACUCGGACGCGCAGGUGAAGGUCCGCAAGGCGACCUCAAACGAGCCCUGGGGGCCGAGCAGCACGCUGAUGAGCGAGAUCGCCGACCUCACCUACAACGUGGUCGCCUUCAGCGAGAUCAUGCAGAUCGUCUGGAAGCGCCUGAACGACCACGGCAAGAACUGGCGCCACGUCUACAAGGCGCUGGUCCUCCUCGAGUACCUGAUCAAGACCGGGUCGGAGAAGGUCGCCCAGCAGUGCCGCGACAACCUCUUCGCCAUUCAGACGCUGAAGGACUUUCAGUACUUUGAGGACAACAAGGACCAGGGGCUGAGCAUUCGGGAGAAGUCGAAGCUGCUGGUCGCCCUGCUGAAGGACGAGGAGAAGCUGAAGACGGAGCGGAUUAGGGCGCUGAAGGCGAAGGAGCGCUUCGCUCAGUCGCAGUCGGCCAUCGGCGGCGGCGGCGGCAGCCUGGAGCUGGGCGGCGGCGGCGGCGGACCCGAGGGCGGCGGCGGCCUGCCCCGCACCUCGGCCAGCUACCACGAGUCGCUGUCCUCUCCAGGCAGUGGAGGCGGGGCAGCUGGGGCUGGUGCGGACGCGGCGGCCCGCGCCAACCUCAACCCCGAGCUGGAGAGCGCCCGACCGCAGACGGCGGGCGAGGAGGAGCUGCAGCUGCAGCUGGCGCUGGCGAUGAGCAAGGAGGAGGCGGAACAGGAGGAGCGGCUGCGGAAGAACGACGACCUGCGGCUGAAGCUGGCGCUGGAGGAGAGCGAGAAGGGCAAGGCGCUGGCCGCGGCGGCUGAGCUGCAGCAGGCCUCCCAGCAGCAGCAGGCGCCUCGCUCCGCCGUCGACGAUCUACUUAGUCUGGUGCCCACGAGUGAGCCCUCGGCAGCGGCCGCCUGCGACCCCUGGGGCUCGCCGCUGAACGCCGGCGCCCACAACCACCACAAUGGCCUUGCGCUGGUCUCCUCAACCUCCUCUUCUGCAUUUCUGCCCUCUCCGCCCAACAACAGCCGAUCAGCAGCAGCAGCAGCAGGUUUGCACCAGCCUCAGCAGCGCCAGCUGGUCGAUCCCUGGGGAGCACCAGUUCCGACGACCACCACCUCAGCUUCCUUUGAAGCCUCCUCCUCCUCUGCCUUUGAUGAUCCCUGGGCUGGUGGUGGUGGUGGUAAUCGACCCAACUCUAGCUCGGCCCUUAACGAUCCCUGGGGCGCAAGAGCAGGUGCUCAAAGUAGCACCUCGCCCGCCACCGCCGCUGCUAAUGAUCCGUGGAAUUUGAAUAAUGGCGAUGAGAAGACGACCGACUUUCUUGGAGAUCUAAUGGAGCCGUCCUCUAGAGCACUGCCGCCUGGCAUGGGCGGCCACGGCGGUGGCGACGCCGCCUCUCGGCGAACGCCCGAGAGCUUCCUCGGACCGAACUCUAAUCUGGUGAACCUGGACGCACUAGUGAGCAAGACGCAGACUUCCACCUCACCGAACAGCAGCAAUCCCUUUGCAGCGGCGCUGCCGCCGCCGAGCAAUCCCUUCAACCUGGGCAAGCCUUCGCCGCCGUCGAUGAAUCAGCUCCGAGCGGCGCAGUCCUCCAGCUCAGUCAUCAUUGGAAAUGGUCAGCAGCAGCAGCAGGCACUGCCGCCGAUGCUGCCCACCGCCUCCUCGAGCUACUCGAAUGCCAAUGCGCUGAGCUCACUCUUCAGCAGUUCUCCGGCACAGCCGCCGUCCUCGACGAGUCCGCUGACGGUGAUGGGCCUCGGUCAGCAGCAGCAGCAGCAGCACCCGACGACGCUGGGGCCCUGGGGCCAGCCGGUGCAGGCAACCACCACCACCACAACCUCUCCGUCUGCAAACAAUCCCUUUGCUAUGUGA